UACGAUCUGGGAGGCGCGCCGUUCGGGUCGCGCAAGGCGUCGUUCAGCCUGUACGCGUCGUCGGGGCUGUCCACGUCAGCAGCAGCGUCGGAAGCGGAUCUGAUGCGCGCCGUGAUCGUGAUGCCGAUCCAACGGAUCAACUUCACCCUCCUCGAUGGUGAGGUCGCGGCAUCGCGCUUUCCCACAUGCGACAUUCGAGCAUGUGGACGCUGCUUCCCAAACUGCGGCAUGAGCCUGCUUGCACAUAUCAAUAUUGCCUUGACCGUUUCCCCCCUCCACCGUCCCCUUCAUGUCGACGCCACUCUCUCCCCUCCACCGUCCCCUUCAUGUCGACGCCACUCUCUCCCCUCCACCGUCCCCUUCAUUCCCCCCUCCUCUCAUCCCCUCCCCUUCGCUCACUCUCUCUCCCCUGCCACGUCAUCAGAGGUGGUGGCGGGAUCCCGCAAGGUGGGAGGGCUGCUCUUCAUCCUGCCACGUCACUUCAGCUCCUCGCGGCCAGAUGGCGGUCAGGGAGAGGACGACGACGCGGACGAUGAUGCUUGCAAGGAGAGGGCAGGAGAGGGCUCGGGGGAGAUGAAGGAGCACGUGGAGGUGGUGGCGCAGCUAGAGGAGCGGCUGCUGGAGGCCAACAUACCGGUGCCUGUGUAUUUCGCUGUUGACAAUGCUGAGCUGUCAAAGCUGGCGGCUGACGUGGAGAGCAACGACAGGGCGGGCAAGCCUGCAUCGGCCACCAAUGGCGGCUUCAAGCUGGUGGUGACAGCAGGCGAGCCCCGCAAGCUGCCGGCCUCCUCGCCCCUGCCGGCCAUGGAGGCAUGGCUUCCGCUGCCCCUCUUCGUGCUCUAUCAGCCUUCCAUCCCUUCCAUGCCCUCCGCCACCUCCCCCUCACUUCCUCACAUUAACUUCCUCCCCUGGCAGCGCUGCUUCGCUCGCGUCGUGCCCGGCCAGCAGUGCGAGCGGGGUAGCGGCGGUGCUGCAGGUGCUGCGCCUCUUGUCACGCCUCUUCGCGCUGCUGCCCUCCGCGCGCGCCGCCCUUCCACCUGCUCUUCCUGCUCUCCUCCGGGGGACCCUUCAACUUCGACGGCACUCGCCAGGCUUUUUCCUGGUAUAAACUACCUGCUGAACCUCCUCGCACCCCCCGUCAUGCCAUCCGCCCAUCGCCCCUCACCCCCCCCCUCACAGUGGCUAGCCUCGUUGGACCAGAGUGUGCAGGACCGCCUCGAGUUCGCCAUCUGUCUGCGCGCCAUUGGUGCAGCGCCAGGGGCCGGGGAGGGGACCAGGGCCUGUCCUCCGCUGCAGCAGCCGCGGACCCAUUACGCCACUCGUCCUGCCCUCAUUACGUGCUGCCUCCCUUUCCCGUACCAUCCACUCCCCCCGCGCUCCCCCUCGCUCCCCUUCCUCCCUCCGCAGGGCCUGUCUUCAGCUGGAGCAGCCGCUGAACCCCCAGCGUCCAUCGGCCAGGCGCACAAAAAGGGCCUCUCCUCUGCUGCAGCGGCUGUGGAGCCACGGACCUCCGUCGCCCUGGUGCACAAGAAGGUGAACAUCUCGGACGCGCGCGUGCCGUGGCAGCACGAGCUCUUCUCGCGCCGCAAGCUCAUUGCCGCCUCGCUCUCCGCCCUGCCCUCCGCGCCGCCCUUCCUGCGCCACUGGGGGGGGCUGGCUGACACCAGGGAAUCAGUGGACGAGCACCAGUUGCUGGCUGCUACGCGCCUCAUUGCUGAAACCAUUGCGAGCCACAUAUUCAACAGCAGCAGCGCCGGCACUUCCAGAGCUGGCAUUGCAUGCGGACAAGGUGGAGGUGAGGAAGCAGCGCUGGACCCGCAUUACCCACUCUACUCCACGCCGCAUGCUCGGAUGCACGUCUACCAGGUGGCCAGCAUCACCUUCGAUUUAGUCACGUUCCUUGCAGUGGCCAUCUACCUCUCCUCGCUCUUCGUCAUCCUCCAUACAGCCACCAAGGGCUUUGACGACCUGGUGGCACUCUUCAAGGGCAAGCCCGCCUACCGCAAGGCAAAGCCUUCGUGA